UUUGGGCAUUCCGAGUACAAAGGGAAACAGAAAGAGAUAGUCGAGGCCGCCGUUCAAGGUACCGACGUCUUUGUGCUUGCACCCACAGGAAUGGGAAAGAGCCUGUGCUUCCAGCUACCCGCGAUAGCAGCACCGGACGGUCUGACAGUGGUCGUGUCACCAUUGCUGGCCUUGAUGAAGAACCAGAUUGCUAAGCUCCGCUCCCUCGAUGUCUCUGUUGUCGCUUUCACGUCUGAGACGUCUCAAGAAGAGAAGGCAGAGAUCACGGACGACCUGGGAUCAGGCCACCCCUCCUACCGUCUCCUCUACAUCAGUCCAGAGAAGUUCUGCACUACUGAGAUCCGCAAACUUCUUACUGCCGUGUACAACGAGGGGAAACUGAAUCGCCUGGUUGUUGAUGAAGCACAUUGUAUCUCUGAAUGGGGCCACGACUUCCGCGGGGAAUACCGCAAAUUAGGGUCGUUCAGACAGAAAUACCCAGGUAUACCUAUCAUGGCACUGACCGCUACCGCUACUCCUGUGGUGCAGGAUGACAUAGUACGCAAUUUGAACAUGUCGGACGAAGAUCUCUUCAAGGUCGUCCAUCCCUUCAACCGGCCCAACCUCUUCUACGAAGUCCGCUACUUGUCCUCACCCGAUCCGGCCUUUCACAUGAAGGACGUGCUCGAUUACAUACACGGCCUCCAUGACAGGCGCGGACAGCCUUCGUCUGGGAUCAUAUAUUGUCGGACGCGUAACAGAUGCAAUGACCUUGCUGCGUACUUGCGCGGGAAGGGUCUCAAUGCACGACCAUAUCACAGGGGUAUCAAGCCCGCGCAACUGGACAGAACGUUGAAAGACUGGGAGAUAGGCGGGACGGGCGAAGGCGGUGUUGACGUGGUUUGCGCCACGAUCGCCUUCGGUAUGGGUAUUGACAAGGCGGACGUACGGUACAUCCUCCACUAUGACCUACCGAAAAGUUUCGAAGGCUACUAUCAAGAAACAGGCCGAGGAGGCCGUGAUGGACAGCCUUCGAAAUGCAUAUUGUUCUACUCGAGGGAAGAUGUGGUCAGAGUCCGCAAAUGGGUAGCGGGAUCGCACGAAAGACGGUUGGUCCGUGCGGAGUCGAUGGAGGGACCUAUACCUAGUCAACGAGCGGUGAACAGCUUGGAUGCCUUGAUCACCUUCGCAGAGAGCGUGCACCUAUGCCGACAUGUGAUAAUAUGCCGGUAUUUUGGUGAGCGUAUCGCUAGCGACGACCCUGACGUGUUGAAGGCAUACUGCAAUGGCAUGUGCGACGUGUGCAAGUACCCGGAGAAGACGAGGCGUCGGAAAUCCGAAUUGUCGGCGGACGAGCUCGUCAGUUCGCAAACAGCGUUACUCCAUCAGCAGGCCCGCGGCGAAGACGACGACGACGAUGAACCCCACGCACGUGCGACCGUCAGUCGCAACGUGACUGGGCCAAAGCGCAUGGCCUCCGCGAGCAACGUGAAUGAUGAAUGGAGGACCAGGUACAGAGAUGGCGACGAGGACGAUGUGGACGUUGCGCCGGCCACGUCGCGAACGGGGCAUCGCAACAGGACGGAGACGUCUCGGCCUACAUCCUUCGACUCGAAGAAACGGCCGAGUACUGGCGUUGUGGGUGAUGCUGAUGGUAGUCUGGCAGCGUCGCGGUUGAAGCAGACGAUAAGCAAGCCGUUCAAGACCCCAUCAUUCAAGCCGCCCAUCCGUCAAACUGGGCCAUCAUCUCAAGAAGAGGAUGAUGCUGAUGUCAAUGGUUCUAGAAGGAAACAACAUGUCAACACGAGAGGGGGUCCGACAUCAGCGAGGGCCCCGCGUCCCGUACGAGACGAAUCCUUCGGAUCGAACCCGACGGACGACCCCGAGGAGGUUCACCCUGCGCAUGCGGCGCUCGACGAGGACGUGAUCGAGAUCGACUCAGACUCGGACGAGGAGGCGAGCGUCGUACCGGUGCCAUCAACCGCGCUCCCGCCAACUGACGUAGAGGUGGACAACGCGUUCUCGCAAAAGAAGAUCCCGCUCGAUGAGCGCAAAGAGGUGUUCGGUCGCAUCCGAGGCGCCCUGCACGCCGUCUUCAGGUCGGGUUCCGCAAGCGGCGACGCGCUGUGGGGGAAGCUGAAUCUGUCGUCUGCCGACGAUGAAGUGCGAAACAGGCUCCUGGCCACUGCCGCAAGAAACCUCGAAUUAUCGGUCCAGUCUCUGUGCACGACGACGGAGAGGUACAAACUGCGAUCCAGGACCUCGUCAAGG